AUGUCAUCUAUUGAAAAGGAAACUUCUGCAGAAGUGAAGUUACCUGCGUGCCAUAAUCUUGGUGGUGUUGCAGAAAAAGUAAAGUUGAGCACUUCUGAUACAAACACCUCCACGACAUCUUCACUUCAUGUAGAAUUAAAGCGUACUUUCUCUGUUUGGUCAGUCUUGGGUGUAGGUUUUGGUCUUACCAAUUCUUGGUUCGGGAUCUCAGCGUCAUUGAUCACUGGUAUUCAAUCCGGUGGACCUAUGCUUAUUAUAUACGGUAUCAUCAUUAUUGCAUCUAUCUCAUACUGUAUUGGUAUCACAUUAUCCGAGUUGUCGUCCGCAAUUCCAUCUGCGGGGGGUCAAUACGUGUGGACAAGAGUACUCAGUCCUAGAAAAUACUCAUCAUUUUUGGCUUACUUGUGUGGCUCCUUCGCCUGGGCCGGUUCCAUCUUCACAUCUGCCUCUAUGGCAUUGGCAAUUGCCCAAGAAGUCAUGGGGUUCUGGAAUUUAAUGCACCCUGACCACGUUACUAAGAGAUGGCAAUUAUUCAUACUUUAUCAAAUUAUAAAUGCAUUUUUGGUUAUCUUUAACUGCUACGGGAAGUUAUUACCAACAAUUGCCAACUCCGCAUUAUACAUUUCUUUAUUUUCAUUCACAGUUAUCACCAUUACCGUGUUGGUAUGCUCUAGAGGGAACUAUAACACUGCGCAGUUCGUUUUCGUAGAGUUUGAGAAUGCAACUGGCUGGAAAUCAGCUGGAAUUGCCUUCAUUGUCGGGUUGGUAAACCCAAACUGGUCAUUCUCCUGUUUAGACUGUGCUACUCAUUUAGCUGAAGAGGUUGCACAACCUGAAAGAUUGAUUCCUAUUGCAAUUAUGGGUACAGUUACCAUUGGUUUUGUAACAUCGUUUUGCUACUCCAUUGCUAUGUUUUUCUCCGUCAACAACUUAGAUGCAAUCUUGAACUCCACUACUGGUAUGCCCAUCUUAGAUAUCUACUAUCAAGCUUUAAAUAGUAAAGCCGGAGCUAUUUGUCUUGGGGUUUUGAUUUUACUCACAGCAUGUGGAUGUACUGUGUCUUCUCAUACCUGGCAAGCAAGAUUGUGUUGGUCAUUUAGUAGAGACCAUGGUUUACCAUUUUCAAAGUACUUGUCUAUUAUUGAUCCUAAAUUAGGAGUUCCAUUAAACGCUCACUUGUUCUCAAGUUUCUGGGUGGCUAUUUUAGGCUUGUUGUACUUAGCAUCAUCUGCUGCCUUCAAUGCUAUGGUCACGGGCUGUAUCACUUUCUUAUUAUUAUCCUAUUUGGUACCAACUUUAUGUUUAUUGUUCAGAGGUAGAAAUAACAUUAAGCAUGGCCCAUUCUGGCUAGGAGGAUUUGGUUUGGUUGCAAACAUUGUAACAUGUUUCUGGGCUGUUUUUGCUACUAUUUUCUUCUCCUUCCCAACCUUUAUGCCAGUUACUGCUGGUACAAUGAACUACGUAUCGGUUGUUUUAGUGGUCUACUUGGUUUGGGCUCUUGGCUACUGGUGGUUCCCAGUCAAGGGAUGGAAUUGUAGAGAAAAGUUUGCUGGUGGUAGGGGUAAUGACGACGAAGAAGAAUUUGCAGAUGUCUGCUUAUAA